AUGUCAAAUUCAAUAAUUGAGUUACUAAGAAUAAGUGUAACUAAUUUGCUCAAUCAAUUAAAAUCAAUAAUUCUAAUACCUAUUUAUAAUUAUCAAAAUUUCAAAAAUCAACAAUUAUUAUUAAAUGGAAUAACAAAUUCACCAAAAUUGAUUGAAUCACCACUACCAAUAAAUAAUACAAGUAUAUUAACAGAAAAUACCGAGUUUUUAAUAACAUCAACUACAAAUGCUGAAAAUAACUUAUUUGUGAAUACAUUAUUGAUAUUAUUCAUCUUCAUCAUGUUUUCAAUAGUAUUAUAUUCGAUAUUAUACAAUACAAAAUUUGAAAUUAAUGAAAAUUUACUAGAAAUAGAUGAAAUUAAAGAAAUACCAAUCCCAAAAUUUCCAAUAACUACAUCAGACGUACAACCUCAACAAUUAACUUUUGAUAAUAUCAGUAAAUUUUCACCCAUGAAAUCAUCAUCAUCACCAAGAGAUAAUCUACAACGAACUUAUUCAAAUACAAGUUCAUUAAAUUCAUACAAAUCAAAUUCAACUUUCAUAGAAUCUUCAUCAUCUUCAAACAAAUUUAAUUUUGAUAAUUCUGGUUUUUCACCUUCGGAAAGAUUAAUUAAUUUUAGUAGAAGUUUAUCUUACAAAAAUAAUUUAAAUUCAAAUUCAAAUGAAAAUUUCAAAGAUGAUGAUGAUAUAGUUGAUGAAGAAAUAACUGAAAAAUCAAUCGAUAAUUAUUCCAAUGGUGGUGAUACUAAAAAUGAUUUUGCUCAAGAUGAUUUUAUAAAUGAUAAAUUUCACAAAGAAUCAAUAAAAUUAUACCCACCUGAGAAGUACCAAGAGUAUUAG